AUGGCCGAAGCAGCGAGUGUUCCAGCGGAGUCGCUGGCUGGCUGCAGGGCGCGGGCAGCGCGGACGGUGCUAGAUCAAGUGGUGCUGCCGGGCGAGGAGCUGCUGCUGCCAGAGCAGGAGGACGGAGAAGGCCCAGGAGGUGCAGGGGAGCGACCACUGCGCCUAAACGCUGCAGCGCGCUCCCGGGGACGCGUGGUGUGCGGCCCUGGCUUGCGGCGCUGCGGCGACCGACUGCUGGUCACCAAGUGCGGCCGGCUCCGUCACAAGGAACCCGGCAGUGGCAGCGGCGGUGGCGUUUACUGGGUGGACUCGCAGCAGAAGCGGUAUGUCCCAGUGAAAGGAGACCAUGUGAUUGGCAUAGUGACAGCUAAGUCUGGAGACAUAUUCAAAGUUGAUGUUGGAGGGAGUGAGCCAGCUUCUCUGUCUUACUUGGCAUUUGAAGGUGCAACUAAAAGAAACAGACCUAAUGUGCAGGUUGGAGAUCUCAUCUAUGGCCAAUUUGUGGUUGCUAAUAAAGAUAUGGAACCAGAGAUGGUCUGUAUUGACAGCUGUGGACGAGCCAAUGGAAUGGGUGUGAUUGGACAGGAUGGUCUGCUUUUUAAAGUGACUUUGGGCUUAAUUAGAAAGCUGUUAGCUCCAGACUGCGAAAUCCUACAAGAAGUGGGAAAACUCUACCCCAUGGAGAUAGUAUUUGGAAUGAAUGGAAGAAUAUGGGUUAAGGCAAAAACCAUUCAGCAGACUCUGAUUUUGGCAAACAUUUUAGAAGCUUGUGAACACAUGACAACAGAUCAAAGAAAACAAAUCUUCUCUAGAUUGGCAGAGAGCUGA